AUGUCCAGAAGAGGAAAGACUGGAGGUAAGGCACGCGCCAAGGCUAAGACUCGCUCUUCACAAGCUGGGUUACAGUUCCCCGUCGGCCGUGUUCACAGGCUUCUCAGAACAGGUAAUUAUGCUGAGCGUGUGGGCGCUGGUGCUCCCGUCUACUUGGCUGCUGUGCUCGAGUACCUGACUGCUGAAAUUCUAGAGUUAGCUGGUAAUGCUGCUCGCGACAACAAGAAAACCAGAAUCAUUCCUCGUCAUCUGAAGUUAGCUGUGCGUAACGAUGAGGAACUCAAUAAGUUGCUCGGUGGCGUGACUAUCGCUUAGGGUGGUGUGCUGCCAAAUAUCCAGGCCGUGCUUCUUCCCAAGAAGACCGAGAAACCAGUUAAGAGCAAGUAAACUACGGCAAUACGUUUGUCAGCACCAACGGCUCUUUUCAGAGCCAC